GAAAUAAUCAAUAAAUUGGUUCUCAGAUUUAGAUGGCAGCAGAGCAGUGUUUUGGUUUAGUAUCUUCCGAAAAUUAAUUACGAUUUAUCGCGAGACUUGAUUUGUCCUGUUGAAAUAAAGUACAUUUUAAUUCUAACUAAUAUUCAUACUAUUCGAUUGUGAAGUGGUGAUCAAUAUCAUUCAUGGGAACGAUUAUAUGAUGAAACACCUGGUAUUUGGUUCAAUAACAAUAUUUAAGAAUGAAGAUAAAAUAUACGGAAUGUUUAACGAAGUAAAAUACAAUGUUAACGGAACACUGUAAGUAGAUAACAAAUUAAAGAUCAUGGAUACACAAGAAGACUGUACAAUUCGUCGAGGGCAACCUGUUCGAAGGGGACAUACAUCGGCUUCACCGAUGGUAAACCAGUCCCAGUAUUUAAAUGUUGGAAGAUCUACCGUUCGAAUAGCUGUAUAUCUGAUGACCGAAGUUUUUCUAACAAUGGACAUAGAACAGAAUUCUACUGCACAUCAAAUUCUUACUAUGAUACAGUCUGAAGCAGAGCUAGGAUUAGCAAGAACCCCAUUACCCACUGGUCAAACAGUCUUUGCCUUGUGGCUUUGUUCUUCGAAGCUUGAAGUUCAACUAAGACCAAAUCACAAGCCUAUCGAAUUGGCUACAAAGUGGAAUCGUUUAGUGAAAAAGUAUAGCUCUGAAACAGAAGACACCGAUGAAGAACCCUUACUAUGCCUUCGAAGAAACGUAUUUCUUUCUAGAGCAGACGAGGAGCAAAUAAAAGAAGCUAAAGUAUUGGAAUUAUUAUAUGCAGAAGCUAGAAAUAAUGUUUUACAAGGACGUUAUCCAUGCGAAGGGCAAGCACGAUAUGCCAGUUUAGGAGCGUUGCAAGCACGCAUUGAAUUAGGACCAUAUAAUCCACAAAGUCAUACCUUAGCUUUUUUCAGAAGACACCGUGGUCGAUUUUUACCGCAUCAUUAUACUUCUCCUAGUCUAUUAUUGGGGCUAGGUCUUGGAUUAGGUUUGGUAGGAGGAAAAGGUGCUCCAGAGGCUCGUCUCCUUGAACAAUAUAAACGAAUACCUAAUCACACAGGAACUAAUACAAAUUCGAGGAAACUUAUCAGAAAAUACCUAGAGUUUUGUUGGAGCUUACCCUGUUAUGGUGCAGCUUUCUUUCAGGGACAAAUCGAACGUCCUGUAAGAGGUCUUGCAUCGUGGAUCACAAACCGUGAUAUGCAUGUUCUCAUAGCUAUUAAUUCAUCGGGUAUUUACAUUGUUGAUGAUAUGCAAUGUAGUUUAUUAUUAGGCCUACGUUAUUCAGAGGUGAGUUGGGAAAUGGCAAAACCAUCUGACGAGGGUAAUUUGGACUGCCUGCCUUGUUUGUUUUUACAAUUUCCUGUUCGAGAGAAUGGAGCACGCGUUUAUAAAAUACUACAAGUAUUCUCAAGACAAGCAAUAAUGAUGGAUACGUUAAUUUCUGGUUUUGCCGAGGAACAUCGUCGCCAUGGAGCUAAUGGCGAUGUGGCAAAUACUGAUCGUUUAAUAGAUCACUCGAUAGGUUCUACUACCGGGAGUUUUACUAAUAAACUUAGCAAAUUUACGUUGGCUACUUUUGACGACGAAGGUAAUAUUGCUAAGAUUAUUAGAACUCAAUUUUCAUUAAAAUUGUAUUUAAAAUUCAUUUCAGGUCGGUGUAUCGGACAAAUGGGUUCUUGGUCUUUUCAAUAG